GGGGCUUACGGGUGAGGAGGGAGAAGAUUAAUACACUAUGUGACUGUUGAGGGGGGGGGUUGUGACAAGAAGCAGCAACAGCAGAGAGAGGGGGGCUUCAGGGUGGCGUGGGGUGUCCGGUGAGAGGGGUAAUUUGGGGCGUCCAGAGUGAGGCGUUCCAGCAGCAGUUGUCACCUCAGCAGUCGAUGGCAGAGUGGCACAUGUGCUGCUCAGAGUUAGACGUGCUGUCUCCUCAGGACUGUAUCCAUCUGUGACCGUUGAGACUGGAAUACUGUUUAUGGUUUUUCUUCUUUAUUGCGCCCUUCAAACUUUAACGGAGCUGCCCAGCAGAGGUGAAGGGGAGGGCAGAAGAUCCCAGCGGAGUCUGAGCGUGGAUGACCUGCCCUCAGCAACAGGAUCAUGAUCUGAAGAGGGUGCUUCUGGCGGAGCAACACAGAGAGAACUAAACGCCCUACAGAGGAAGAGACCCCAAAACAGCCAUCCUUGAGCUCCGGUAUAACCUCCGUUUCCCGGCUCCUCCCACUGCAACGCCAAAACCAUGGGGAGGAAAAAGAUACAGAUUCAAAGGAUCACCGAUGAACGCAACAGACAGGUAACGUUCACCAAGCGAAAGUUUGGUUUGAUGAAGAAGGCGUAUGAGCUGAGCGUCCUGUGCGACUGCGAGAUUGCUCUCAUCAUCUUCAACCACUCCAAUAAGCUGUUCCAGUACGCCAGCACCGACAUGGACAAAGUCCUGCUCAAGUACACGGAGUACAACGAGCCCCACGAGAGCCGGACUAAUGCCGACAUCAUCGAGGCUCUGAACAAGAAAGAGCAUCGGGACUCUGAGAGCCCAGACCCCGAGGAGCCCUUCUCCCUCACCCCUCGCACUGAAGAGAAAUACAAAAAAAUUGACGAGGAGUUUGAUAAAAUGAUGCAGAACUAUAGGCUGUCAUCUGCAGUUCCACAGCCCACCUUCUCCAUGCCAGUCACCGUGCCAGUAUCCAAUCAGAACGCUGCGGCGGCCGCGGCCCUUCAGUUUACUAACAACCCCGCCGGUUCCCUGGUCACCACCACCUCCUUUGUCACCUCCACCCUCACAGAUCCCCGCCUUCUGUCGCCACAGCAACCGGCUUUGCCGAGGAGCACCGUGUCACCGGGGUUGCCUCAGCGACCAGCAAGUGCAGGUGCUCUGUUAGGAGGAGAUUUGGGGAACUCCAACGGAGCAUGCUCAAGUCCAGUCCCUAAUGGCUACAUCAGUGCCAGGGCCUCUCCGGGCCUCCUCUCCGUAUCCAACGGCAACAGCCUGGGGAAAGUAGUCCCGGCUAAGUCUCCACCUCCACCCAGUCCUCAGAUGGUCAACAACCGCAAACCGGACCUGAGGGUCAACACUUCGCAUAGCGGCAAGAGCCUCAUGCAGCUGACAGAGGAAGAGCUGGAGUUGGUGAGUGAGAAUGCUCAGCGGCUAGGAGGCUCGCAGGUGGCACAGUCGCUCACCACCCCGGUUGUCUCCGUGGCAACGCCCAGUCUCCUCGCACCCUUCCCCGGCAUGCAGACGGCUUACAACACUGAGUACCAGCUGACGAGUGCAGAUCUCACAGCGCUCCAGACGUUCACGCCACCAGGGCUGGUGCCUAGCAACAUGGCUGCCUGGCAACAGCAACAGCAACCAGCCGUCUCGCAGCAACAACAACAACAGCAACAGCAGCAGCAACAACAGUUGACUUUGGCAUCACUCAGUAACUUGGUCAUGUGGGGUGCAGACAAACAGAAUGCGGAGAUGGUUAACUGCAUCUCCAAUUUCGCGGCUAACCUGAGCUUGGCUUCUCAGUCCAACUUGGUCUUUGGUAGAGAGGAGGGCCUCUGCUGGUCGUUGAGCCCGGUGCCUCAGAGCACCGCCCUGACGGUCAACACCAACCCCAACGUCAACAUUAAGUCCGAGCCCGUCUCUCCAAACCGCGAUCGCAGCACUCCCAUCACCGUCAGCGCCGCUGCGGCUGCAGGAGGAGGCGGGGUUCAAGUGCAGGGGCCAGGUCUGGUGUCGGUCGCCUAUCCCGGUAACCUGCGCCUGGAAGCGGGAGGUCAGGGCCGCUCGCCCGUCGACAGCCUCAGCAGCAACGGCAGCUCGUAUGAGGGCAGCGACAGGGACGACGGCACCCAGGGCCGGGGCCCGGGUCAGGACUUCCACCACCAGGCCGGAGUCGGAGCCCAGCAGCCCACCAUGGUCCUCCUGCGGCCCUCCUCAGCCGAGCCUCAGGAACAAGACGCCACAAACGUCAAGAGAAUGAGACUGGACGCCUGGGUCACAUAAGGAGACGGGCGGGAAUGAGGGAUGGACAGGUUGAGGAUGGAGAUGUGUGGCUUAUGUAAAUGCCCCCACCUGCCCCGCUUCCCCAGUGUCCCUCCUUCACACACACACAUAUAUACAAAUUAACCCCCAUCAGUAAUCUACUGUCCACACGAUUUUACUCAACAGAAGCAUGCGAGCACCCUUAGGACGCACGUGUGGACUCACUUAUAAGGUGACGUGCAUUCACAUUUGAAGUGUACUGCACAGACUCCCACAGACGGAACGUCCAGCAGGUCCAUCAACCAAACCAGGGAUGAUCUUUCAGGUCAUCGAUUCAAACCUUUGAAAUCUGGCCUGAUUUCGGCCGCGUGAACUCUCUGACAGGUGCUGGCAGAGCAGACAACCAGACAUGGUUUCCCAGCAUGCCUUGCAUUUGGUUUGUGGUUACUGAUGUUUACCGACCUGCAUACCCUGCUGUCUGUAAGCCACGCUUGGUUUUGAUCGAGGAUGACACAAAGUGUGCGUUUUUGUGUAGAUCGUUGAGGAAGCAUCAACAGUCUAUGAGUCAAUGAGCCCCCGGUCCGGAUUUAUCGGUGACGUCACAAACUGCUUUUCUUCGAAUCAGGGACGAGCUGCAGCAGCUCAAAAUGUGACGCAGAUCCUCGAUCCCCCCCCCAAAUUUUGUCAACUACAGAUGCUGAAAAAGCUGUGUGUGUUUGGUGUGUGUUCAUAUGGAUUUGUUACCUCAAUCAAUGUUUUAUUUUUCUUCACAGUAGGUGAUUUAGACAAUGGUUCACUCUCAAUGUCCUCUUGGAAAACACAGCAGCUGAUUUAGGUUUGGUGAGAGCUGAUGUUAAAAGGGGCGGAGUCUUGAGUUACCAUGUAUAUAAGCAAUCUGUAACCUUCUGUGUGACAGGGAUUUAAGGUGUUUUUAAGGCUGAAAAGUAGGUCAUAUACAACUAUAUAUUUAAACAGCUUCAGGUGGUCGCAGGGGCAGCUCUGCAUCUGGAGCAAGUGACUUAGACAGACGACAGGGAUUGUAUAUACGAGGCAUAUAUUCAGCAGGUUAUCCCUCAAAAAAACAGAGAAAACAAAAAACGUUGAUUCUCUGUGGAUGGGUCUGUUUUGGUUUUGUUUUUAAUAUAAAUAUAUAUUAUUUAUGCGUGUAUAUAAAGUGUAAUGUGUGGACGAGCCAAGAGAGGGCGACGAAGAGGCAGAAAAGGAGAUGUAGUAGCGACUUGGACUGUUUGUGAGUGAGCAAUGGUUUAGACUCUGUCACCGAUGGAGCGCACUUUACCUGAACUCCCACCUAUGGCACCGCACAUGUGAUCAACACAUACACACCUGGGCUGGAAGGAUUUACAUGGGUUUAAAUCAAAUUAUCUGCACACGUAAUUAUGUUAUCGGCUUUGUUAAUCCUGUUUUUUAAUGUUUUUUUUUUCUUUCACAAUAGCCAAUUGGUAGUUUGUUUAAAGACCCACUCUGAUCAUCUUUUGAUCUAUUUUUAAAUCGUUUCCAGUGGUUGUUUGUCAGAAAUUCACCUCCAAAUUGUGGGCGGGACCAUUGACAUGGAGCGACCCCGUUCCCCCUUUCCCUCCCCUUUACUGAGCGAUCGUAGCAGCUCUACGUCACAAAUAAGUAAAUAAAUAAUUUUUUUUUCAUCUGCUCUUGCUUCAAAAUAAUUUGAAUUAACAAAUAAAUGAUCAAAAAUUAAAUUUUAGGCUUAAUUUCCUUUAGAUAUGCCCUCCACCUUCAGAAAAACGCCACAAAAACAUGUCAAAAAUACAACUUUCAUUUGAGUGGGUCUUUAAAGUUUCUCUUUAAAUUUAAAUAAGAAAAUAAAAGAAAAGUAAAGGAAAACAUUUUAGCGAUAAGAAAUAUUGUGUCCCUGUAUUUUAACUUAAAAUUCAUAUAAAAUGUUGUGAAAAUGCAAUGUGUUUUCCAAAAAAGAAAGUAAAACUAUUUAUUAAUUGAGAACCGCAACAUCAAUUUUAGUCAAGGAAGAUAACGUCACCAAUGAAUAUUGGAUGUUUUAUUUAAAAUUUUAGCAUAGUUUGUAUUUAAAAAAAAACAAAGCAUAUCACUUAGAAAAAUCUUGAACAAGCCAAGGAAAUUUGUUUUUGUUUGUUCUGUACCUAAAGCCAUGUGUCUAUAUUAGAGGAGCUCUCCCUCAUCUGUUACGGGUCGGCUGUAAUUUUAUAAUAGAAGUUAAAGCGUAUAUAUGAAGAAGAAAAAAAAUGUGAUGGAUGUCAUUUUUGUAUUUUAUAAAAUUGUCAAAUAGGGUUUAGUGACUUUAAAACGGAGGUGGUUGAAAGUGCCCACUCAUUUUGUAUUUAUUUUUAUCCUCUUUUUCUUCAUCUGUUUGCUUCAGAAAAGCUCUUGGGACGGAGUUGGAGUGUUUUUUUGUCUUUCAGUUGGAGGUUUUCUGUAGUUUUUGAUCUUUUAAUGACUACCUCCCAAAGCCAGCGCAGAUUCCUUCUUUUUUUUUUUUUUUUUUAGCUUUUCAUGGACAGCUCCUCAUCACUUCCCUCUCACUCUAUCACUCAGUUUAUUAAUCCCAAAGCUCCUCAAACCCAAUCAUAACUCUCUUGUUUGCUCCGUCCAGAUAACUGGUGUCAGCAGUGGGAUGAAGCUAAAUUAUCACGAGGUCAUUCGGGCCCGCCCGCCUCCUCUCCGUCCAACUUUCAUCCUCAGCGAGUUCUCUUUUUUAUUUUUUAUCUCUGUCCGUCACUCAUUCCCUCAGUGUCAAUAAAGCUUUUCUGAGCGUGUGACAACACAACCCCCCCACCUCCAAAUGUAAACACUGACUGUUAAGACUGUUGUGCCCUGAGCGUUGAACAAAACAGACACAAAUUAAAACUCCGCCCACACUGAAGCCAUAUCUUUGUCCAAACGAAAAGUAAUUAAAUCGUUUAAAACACCCGCAGUGAUCGCUGAUCAACACUAGGGGGCACUGUUAAUCACAGAAAACAGAAAGACAAUCGAGAACCCAAGAACUCGGCCCCUACCACCACCCUCCCGCCGCCUGAAAGCCUCCUGUACAAUGGUGUGUAGAAGUCUCACUCACUUUCCAGUGUUACUUUGUGCUGGUGAAAGUCUGUUUUACUUGUUCUCUAAGAACUGAUAUCUUCGCUAUCAUCAUUGCCACAGCUUUCACUGAUGGUAGAUGUCAUGAUGAUAUAGAAAUCUGCUUUUUUGUGUAGGUUUUAGGAUUUUUUUGGUUUUUAUUUUAUUUGAUAAUAUGGUAUAUUUUUUGUUUCCUUUUUCUUGGGGUUUGUUUUCUUCAAAACAAAAACAAAAAUAUAAAAAAAAGGUGUUACUAAUGUUGCACGAUGAUUUUCUGACAUGACACAACACGAGCAGAGUGAUGGGAGACGUGUGGCUGUGGGUGGAGGCGCUGAGCCGGUCGACUUUGACGAUUCGCUUCAAUCCUGCUACUUUAACACCCCCCCUCCCCUCAAUCCACAUAUGCUGGAGGGUGGUGGGGGGGUGCAGUGUGACUUGUCUAACUUAUUUCUGACCAGACACCAAGAUGUCAGUGCAUGGCCGUUACAAAACUAGAGCAGAGUGAAUCAUGUUAUAGGAAAUAAAAUGUACUUUUGACACAAACACGUCACACAGGAUUACAUUUAAAUAAAUAAAUAAAAAAAUGGAAGAAAAAGUUUUAAGUAAAUUAUAGCUAAUAUAUUGUGUUUGGCUAGUCAGCUUUUUUUUGUUGUAAAGAUGAUUUUUCUUUGUUGUUUUGGAGAAUGAUAUACAAUUUGUGUAUAUUUUCAUAAAUAAAGUAUGCACUGAUAUGUUAUUACAAAUUCUAUACUGCUUUUACAAAAAAAAGUGUUUGUUAUUGUACCAAAGUAUCCAUUGGUCCCCUCUUACCCUACUCCCCCUUUUGCGUAUGUUUUACCGUAUUUUAUAUAUUAAAUAGACAAGUUGACCUACAGAAA